CGCGGCGGCCGCUUCCGGGUCCGUGCGGGGCCGCGGUGCGGGACGAUGAGCGGCGCGCGGCGCAGGGAGGAGCCGCCGCACGCGCAGCAGCACGCGGUGCCCGACGGCGGCGGGGCCGGACCGCGCGGCUCCGUGUGGGGCAAAGCGCUGCGCAGCGACUCCGCGUGGCACGACAAGGACGAGUUCUUGGACGUCAUCUACUGGUUCCGACAGAUCAUCGCGGUCAUCCUGGGAGUCAUCUGGGGGGUGGUGCCUCUGAAGGGCUUCGUGGGGAUCGCAAUAUUCUGCCUGAUCAAUGCUGGUGUUCUGUACCUCUACUUCAGCAGCUUCCAGCAGAUAGAUGAGGAAGAGUAUGGGGGGACUUGGGAACUAACAAAGGAAGGAUUCAUGACAUCUUUUGCACUGUUUCUGGUUGUUUGGAUAAUCUUCUACACUGCCAUCCACUAUGAUUGACACAGUCUGCAGCUUUUGCCUGUUAAAUCAGUCGUCAGUAAAUCAAGAAGGUUUUAAUAAAUCAUCACCUUUAGCAGACUGGUGGGAAGGCUGGGAAGUGCCAUCGAGUUCCUUUUGAUUAGCGUGGAAAAGCCCCACCUCUUCUGCUGGAGAAGCCAGUCCAACUCCGUUUCAUAUACCCGUUAAUUAUUGGAACUAUUAAAAAGCCAUUGGAAUUCCUGGAAGUAGUUCAAGACUGUUCCGAUUUUCAACUUUCCACAACUCCAGCCAGUAAUUGUAUCAAACUCCUGAAUGCUGAAGAUUGAACCCAUUAAUUUAAUGUGCGUAUGCCCUGUAUUUGGAAUCUGUCAUGAUGUUCUGACAUGUCUUCCAUUGUUGUCCUUUAUGCAGACGGAUUUUUAAAAAACAAUUGCAAGGCUGCUGGGAGGAAGGCCCUGUGGCGCCAGGAGCUGAGUUCAGUGGCUGCCCUCAACAUGUUUUGUAGUAAUCAGACCUGAUUUGAUUAAACAGACUGUGUUGGUACAAUUUCUCAUAGUUUGUUUUACUCACUGAUUAAUUUUGUUAAUGAACGUUUAAUUUAAAAGACGUGUUCUGGAGGCUUGGAAACACCACUGCAUAUUGCUGGUCUGACUAUGACAUUGCCAGCGCUUACCUCAGAGCUCAGUGGUCUCGAGGAGCUGUAAUUGAGCAGGUGCCCUUGGAAUGGUCUCCCUUUGAAUUCUACUUCUUCGUUUGGUUUUAUAAGUUGUUUUUUUUAGUUCAACUGGCUUCAGCUGUUCUUUGUUAAUAAAUGCAGGAGACCAACACAAUCAAGGCAGCUAAUAUCUUAAAUGUAUAACUAUGUGAAUUGGGCAGAUUCAGUAGCAUUCGUAGCCUCUGGUUUGUGAGGUGAUCUCUGAGUUGGUCACACCACAGCUCGGUUCCUUCCUAUCCAUGCCCUUUUUAUGCUUUGGUGAGGAGUUUCUGCUUUAGAAGUAUUUUUAAGGACCUGUAUUUCACAAGUACUGACUGAGAGAUGCACAGUCCUUGUUUUUUGCCAGAGGACUUUGCAGCCCAGCUGCCACAUGAUUCUUGUUUUUAUAAACGACAGCCCAUUUAUCCAACAGGAAUCCUGACCUAACACUGCCUUGUAGCCAGGAGCCAAUGGUUUCAGUGUGCUCUUGGUGGAAGGCUGUGCUGCUUUCUUGGUGGAAGUGCAUCACCUCAGUUCUUGCAUGUGAUUGUGCAAAGCUGGGGAUCUAAUUGUCCUUGUCCAGCUGCUGAGCUGGGCUCUAGAACUGACCCACCUUUGCAGGUGGCUUUCCCUUAACGGGGAUGAUGCUGGCUGCACUCAGUGGAGAAAAACACCCCUGGGUAACUUAGGGCCUUGGGAUGCUGAGGGAACAGUGCAAUAGGAGGCAGCUUCUGCUACGUGUGAGUUGCCAAAUUAAGUAAAUGGUCUCAAACAAGAACUACAUUUGCUCCUCCCCAUCCCCAAACUUGCUCAACCUUUCAGUCUGCUUCUUUUUUUCCUCUUCCUUUUUCUUCUGAUAGCAUUAAUUUCCCAUGAUGAUUACAUUGCCUGCUACUUCUUAGUCACUCUUUGCUACUGGCAUCUGUUUGCAGCAAUUGGGAAAAUCACUGUAUACUUGAAAUGCUCUAAUAAACGUCACCUGGAUAACCAG